CCAUAAAUAUCCUUCUUUAUGAUGCAAUUCAAUCUUAUCUUUAGCUCCAUUACAAUAACCCACCAAGCUCCAUUGAUUACUUUGUCAACACCAUGAUCUUACACUUCUUCCUCUUUCUGGUUCUCUAUGUACUCACCAAGCAUUAUCUCAACAAGAUCCGAAAUCUCCCACCAAGCCCAUUUCCUGCCCUCCCCAUAAUAGGCCACCUACACCUCCUCAACAAGCCUUUCCAUCGUUCUCUCUCCGUCAUAUCUAAACGUUACGGUCCCAUACUCCUCCUCCAGUUUGGCUCACGUCGUGUCUUGCUUGUCUCCUCCCCAUCCGCCGUAGAAGAAUGUUUUACCAAGAACGAUAUCGUCUUCGCCAACCGCCCACGCCUUCUUGCUGGCAAACACAUAGGCUACAACUUCACUAGCCUCGCUUGGGCUCCUUAUGGCGAUCUUUGGCGGAAUCUCCGUAAACUAUCCUCCCUUGAAAUUCUGUCUUCUCACCGUCUCCAGUUACUCUCUAGUAUACGAAACGAUGAGGUAAAAUUACUAAUCCAUCGUUUGUUUAGGAAUAAAGAUGAGAUGGUGGAUUUGAAAUCAACCUUCUUUGAGCUAAUGUUGAACGUGAUGAUGAGGAUGAUAGCCGGGAAGAGGUACUAUGGCGAAAAUGUGGAAGAAGUUGAGAAGGCAGAAAGCUUCCGGGAGAUUGUGAGGGAGACGUUUCAAAUGGCUACAUCAAUGGGGGACUUUUUGCCCUUAUUAGCCAAGAUAGGAGGCAUAGAAAAGAGGCUUCUUGAUUUGCAGAAGAGGAGAGAUGCAUUUAUACAAGAUUUGAUCGAAGAACAUAGAAGUAGGAUGAUGAUUUCACCCUCUGAAGAGAAAAAUAAGACGCUGAUUGAGGUGUUGUUAACUCUGCAACAAUCGGAUCCCGAGUACUACACUGAUCAAACUAUCAAAAACCUUAUGCUGGUUCUACUGGGAGCAGGAACUGAUACUUCAGCUGCAACCAUGGAAUGGGCAAUGUCACUUUUAGUGAAUAAUCCUGAAAUUUUGAAGAAAGCACAAAAGGAAAUUGAUAUUGUCAUUGGACAUAAUCGUUUAAUUACUGAAUCUGAUACAUCAAAGAUUCCAUAUCUUCAAUGCAUUAUAAGUGAAGUCCUACGAAUGUAUCCAGCGGGUCCCUUAUUGGUUCCUCACGAGUCAUCAGAGGAGUGCUCUGUCGGAGGUUACCGUGUACCACCUGGUACCAUGCUGCUAGCGAACAUAUGGAGCAUACAGAAUGAUCCUCAAGUCUGGGACGAACCCCAGAAAUUCAAACCAGAAAGAUUUGAUGGCCGUGAGGUAGGCGUGAGAGAUGGUUUCCGGUUAAUGCCUUUUGGGUCCGGACGAAGGAGUUGUCCUGGAGAGGGUUUGGCCUUGCGCAUGGUUGGUUUGACCUUGGGUUCAAUCCUUCACUGCUUUGAGUGGGAGAGAGUUGGCAAGGAAAUAGUGGACAUGACCGAGGGCGUUGGCCUCACAAUGCCCAAGGCUCAGCCCUUGCUAGUUAAAUGUAGACCACGUCCAUCCAUAGUGAACCUUCUUUCUAAAAUUUGAAUUAUUCGAUCUAUUCCGAUUCUCAAGAGGGUUCUGAUCAAACUUUUGUAUCGUCGUAUGAUUUGCGGGGAUAUGAGAACAUAUUUGAGUAAAACUAAAAUUUUAUAUUUAUAAAA